UUCCUAUCCUUCUGCCUAGAAACAUCCAAGUUGAAUAAGCUCUCUCCUAUGCUUCACUUUAACAGUUUGUAUCCCUACAUCAUGGCAUGGCCUCCUUCUUUGGUACUUAACAAGCCCAGCAGCUCCAAUUAAAGUCCAAGCGAGCUACAUGCAGCUACUGAAGUGAUAUGUGCUCAAUGUGUUGCAUCAUCAUAUGCCUGAGGCGCAGAAGAAGACACAUCUGUUCAAGUUCUUUCAUGUUCGAGAGCUUGAGGAACUACUCGGGACCUGAAGUGGUAUAUUCUCAGUUGGCUGCGUCAUUCAUAUGCCUCCUGAGCUUGGAGAAACAUAUAAAAGGGAGGAGGCCGGUGAGUGGGGAGAAAUAUAUAGAGGAGAGAAAAGAGGGAGAGUGCGAUCGAUUGGUAAAGUAGAAGAUGAAGGAGGCCGCAGCGGAGCUGGGCCACCUGCUGGUGUUUGCUUUCCUCUUCUGCCUUGGCGCCUACAUGGUGACGCCGGUGAUCACCGACUUGACGAUGGCGGUGCUCUGCCCCGGCCAAGACCAAUGCUCCCUCGCCAUCUACCUCACCGGCCUCCAGCAAGCUAUCACCGGCCUGGGUGCACUGGUGGUGACGCCAGUCGUCGGGAACCUGUCCGACAGAUAUGGCCGCAAGGCGUUGCUGGCUCUCCCGGCAACCCUGUCCGUCGUUCCACUUGCCAUUCUGGCGCUUAAACAGAGGAGGCCAUACUUCUAUGCGUACUAUGUGGCCAAGACGCUGACGGCGAUGGUCUCCGAGGGCACCAUGACGUGCAUCUCGCUCGCUUACGUGGCUGACAAGGUGCCGAAGGAACAACGGGCGGCAGCCUUCGGGGUGUUCUACGGCGUCUGCACCGCCGGCUUCGUCGCAGGCACCAUUGUGGCCCCCUUUCUCUCAGUAUCCUCUACAUUCCAGGUGGCAACCUUGGCGGCAGUUGCUGCGGUGGUGUACAUGAGGGCCUUCGUCCAGGAGACGGACGGCGGAGCAUCGCUGCUGCGUGACGAGGAGGUCGCCAUUUUGCUCUUUGUUCCCUCGUCCAGUGCCGAAGAGGUGUCGCCGAGGCUCCCGCCUCUCCGGAUGGCAUCCUCGCUGUCGGAAGUAGCCGCCAUUUUUACCAGCAGCUCAUCUUUCAUGAGGGCAGCAGUCAUCACAUUUUUCAAUAGCCUUGGUGAAGCAGGCCUGCAAACUGCAUUAUUGUACUUCCUGAAGGCGCAGUUCCACUAUACCAAGAACCAGUAUGCAAAUUUGCUGCUUAUUCUUGGCAUCACCGAAAGUUUCUCACAGCUGACCAUAAUGCCUCUCCUAGCGCCAAAGCUGGGUGAGCAGAAGCUACUUGUUGUGGCACUUCUAGGUAGCUGCGUGCAUGGAUUCUUGUACAGCAUUGCAUGGUCAUUCUGGGUCCCUUAUCUUGCUGCAAGCUUUGUGAUUCUAAGCACUUUGGUCGGCCCUUGUAUAAGAAGUAUUGUAUCAAAAAAUGUAGGACCUUCGGAGCAGGGAAUGGUUCAAGGGUGUAUCACAGGAAUCAGCUCAACUGCACAUGUCAUAUCUCCGCUAGUAUUUACUCCCCUAACAGCCUGGUUCCUAUCGGAAACCGCACCUUUCAAUUUCAAAGGUUUUAGCCUUGCCUGUGCUGGAUUUGCAACGUUGGUAGCUCUCACAAUGAGCCUUAUUAUGAGGGGCAGCAGAAGUUCAGCCGAUUAAUAAAUAGAAGACCGAGUCAAUACAUGCCUAUUUACAUACGACAGAUCUCUAGAAUGCUAAUACUCUCCUCGUCCUUACUCCGUAUCAGUAGACAUGGUAAACUUCGAUAGUUGUUGUAUCCUUCACAAUGGAUUGAUAGGGAUAGAAAUAGUGAUAUAAAGUAUCAAAAGUAGAAUCAUGCCUCAGUUUAAUUGUAAAUUUAAUUUGAUAAUUGACACUACAAGGAUGAUUGGACAUAGCUAAUUAGUUAGGAAUGUAAGGGUGAAGUUUCGUGGAGUUUACUUGGGAGCCUAGUUUGCGUCAAA